AUCAUUGCAGACAGACAGACAGACAUCAUUGCAGACAGACAGACAGCAGUGCAGACAGACAAACAGCAGUGCAGACAGAUAAAGCUUGAAAUUGAAAGGAACUAAAGCUCUCUGCUCUUCUCCUUGGUGACCAGGGCUGACAGACAGACAGACAGACAGACAGACAGACAGAGGCAUGUCCACCCAACCGGGUCCCCAGCACAGGGUCUUGUUCCAAACCCCGGGUGAGGAGAAGGUGGAAGAGGAGCCUCCUCAACGCAGACUGGGAAAACUCACGGUCAAGUACAACCGCAAGGACCUGCAACGGAGGCUGGACAUCGAGGAGUGGAUCGACGGGCAGCUGCAUCUCCUGUUUGACUGCGAGGAGGAGGAUAUUCCGGAGUUAGAAAUUGACAUCGAUGAGUUGCUGGAUAUAUCAGACGCAGAACAGAGAUCAAAGCUACAUGACCUUCUUCAAGAGUGUGGCAAGCCCAAAGAGGACUUCAUUGACGGCUUGCUGUAUCGGAUGAAGGGACUUCGCAAGAUGUCCCUGAAAAAAUGAACAAAGUUGGAGUGGAGACCAUCUGAAAUGAGACACCAUCCUCUCUCACCUGUAGCUGUGGAUGUGUGAACAGUGACAGUCCUCAUGUAUCUAGAUAUAUCCUUAUGUAUCCACAAUCUGCAGUAUCAGUGUCUAUAUUAGUGGUUGGCAGCCCUAGACAAAGAGGGUCCUUGUUGGGCAGGUUACACCCUUAACAGUCAAUGGUGUUACUACAUCAGGGGCCCCCAUGGCAAUAUUUAAUCAUAUAUGGCACGAUGGCAGAUGGAUGGUGGAUCCAUCCACCAAUGGACGACCGGUACAGACAGGACUACUUAUCACAUACUUUAAUGCAGGGUUGACUGGGCCCAGAAAUUGGCCCAGGCAUUUCUAUUACACUGCCCAUUUUUUCCCUUUGAGGUCCUCACACGGCCCAAUUUUUUCCUAGAACCCCCAUUAUUAGCCAAAUAACGAUCAUUUUGCACACAUAAAAUGACCAACAAUUUAGACAUGCCCACUGGGCUAAAGACGGACCAGCCCAUCUGGCAUUUUCCAGAAUUUCCCUAUGGCCAGUCCGUCCCUGCCUCUAUGUGAUAGCAUUAUAUCAUAGGACCAUUUGGUAACAUAUAUGUCUUACACACAUAAGCCUGGUGGGUCUUCCAAUGGGGCAUCUGUGUAAAACAGAGUUUAAAAAUGAGAUAAUAUAGCAUAGAGAUGUCCUACUGGAUUCAAACACCUUUUGGUAUCAGUUGCCUCUGAAGUAGAAUGAGAGAUUAUCCAGUCUAGUGUUGAUGGAUUAUCCAGUCUAUCGUUUAUGUCGAUGUUUUUCACUGUUAUGUUACAGAAGGGUUCACCAAUUCACCAGGGCCUGAUUGGUUUAGUUAUUCAGUGUUAAUGGAUACUUCUGGCAUUUUUAAUAAUCCGAUCACAGCUUAUUUUUAUGUUGACAUUCUUUUUAAUUUUUUUAUUAUUUGAUUAAAUGUUUUCUCUGAUAAAUCCCCUGCUAUGACUAGCCAAAGAAUGUACUGUAAAUAUGGUUACUCAUAUUUUUGUUUAGCUUAAGGUGGUGUUUUAAAAGAAGCAGUGCUGUCAUUAACUUUCCCCAACUGUUACAUCGGAAUUUCAAAUGAAAUCUUUUAUAGAAAAUAAGUGUUGUACUGUGAUGUUACCUAUGAUAGUCUGUAAAAUAUCACCUCAAACAAAUUCACUUCAAUCCAUAAAAGGGUAGUUAGGCAUCACAAAAUAUAGAAGAGCUGUGGACCUGCUAAAGAUCCCAAUGGGGGAUCGAAACUUUAGCUGUUUGUGCAUUUCAAUAAAUCAGUGGAAGCAUAUCAGAGUUGUGACAUUCUUCAUUUCUUUACAUUAACUACUUAUAGGGCGGAAGGUAGCAGAGCGUUGGGCCAGUAACCAAAAGGUUGCUGGUUUGAAUACCCGAGCCGACAAGGU